AUGGCAGACGAGCACGCUGAGCCUUCUGCUGGACCCAGUACUGUACCGGCAGCGUACCCCCGCUCAGCCCAACCCUCGCCGUCCCCUUCCCCGAUUCCUCGCUCCUCCAGACGCCGUUCGCCAUGGCAGAACGGCUCGUCCUUCUACUUGACUGGGGCAGGCGCACCGCCAAUCCUCAACACUCGACGCGCGCCGCCCUUCAAGGGCCGGUCCAGCAUCCAUGUCGAGCAGCGACCCUCCGCUCGCCUCUCUUCUCCGACAUCAUUGCCUCCUUCUCCCUCGCCUGUGCCGUCUCCGCCAGUCCUGCUUACAGAGGGCGUCUGUUGCUGUUGCGGGACGGCACUGAAGUACCCGCGGUCAAGCCCGAACUUCCGAUGCACGAUCUGCGAGACCGUGAACGAUCUUUCCGCGGAGGCAAGGAGAGGAAAGGCGAGCGACGGUGUGCCCGUACCGGACGCAACCCCAGAGACGGAAGACGAGAUGUUGCGGACGAUUGAACGGCUGGAAGCGCGACAAAGAGGCGCGGAGGACGAUCUGGUCGGUCGACUAAGCGCUGUCGGUCUGAGUGGCUCCCGACAACACGGCAACGACGAAGACGACCCCGAAGACCUCCUUCUCGCCCAGCUUGCGACCGCUUUCACCAACCUCCCUUCUCUCGACGCCUCGUUCCGCCGAACUCGCUCGACUUCGCACUCGAACCUUCCGCAGCAGUCGACUCUCUCCCGACUCUACGAGCUCGUCAAGCUGAGACCAGCGGCGCUGGAGGUCCUGCGGGACCAGGUCGAUGCGAUCUUGCGAAGGCCCGGUCCGACUUUGGCAGAAGGAGACGGCGGUUGGGUCAUUGCGCUUAUAGAGUGCCCAAUCUUCCUGGCGGACUUUACGGUCGAGGCGGAAACUCGGAGGUCUCUGCAGUCCCGCUUCAUCGGCCUCCUCUCCAACCUGCCGAACUUCAUACACCACUCGCUCGUCACCUACCUCUCCUCGCCGACCUAUCCUCGCGCCGCUCUACUCGGAAAAGUCGAGCUCGUGUGCGGCUUUGCGUCCUUCCGCAUCGGUCAGUGCAUCGAUGGCGAUCAGCCAGAGGCGUACGUGGAUGACUGGAUGGUCAAGGCAGGCGCGAGGGUUGCGAGUUUGCUCUUCGCCGCCAAUUCGAACGCUCAGUCACUCCCGCUCUCGGCUUUCUACGUCACCCUCAUCGACUCGCUCGGCGAAUCUAUCUUGAUCACCGACUUCCAGGCCUGGGAGAACCGCGACUCACGGUUCUCGCUGUGCCAGUACCCGUUCUUGCUCAGUUUGGGCGUCAAGAUGAUGCUCCUCGCCUUUGACGCCGAACGCCAGAUGAUCGAACGAACGCGCGAAGCGUACCGGAACAACUUGUCGAGCGAUGAGGCGGAGAACCCGUUGCUGGUCUUGCGCGUCAGGCGGGACAGGUUGGUCGACGAUAGCUUGCGACAGAUCUCGCUGCACCGGACGGACUUGAAGAAGCCGCUACGGAUCACCUGGGAGGGAGAGGAGGGUAUCGACGCCGGCGGCCUACGGAAGGAGUGGUUCCUCCUGCUCUGCCGGCAACUCUUCGACCCGCAGUUCGGCAUGUUCCUCCACGACCCAGACUCGAACCUGUGCUGGUUCAAUCCGGCUGCGGUGGACAUGGAGGACGACUUCUGGAUGGUCGGAGUUAUCGUUGGGCUUGCGGUCUACAACGAGGCAACACUGGACGUUCCGCUACCUCUUGCGACCUACAAGAAACUCGCGUCGGAAAAAUCGCUUACUCUCCGAGACCUCGCUCAAGUCCAGCCCGCCUUGGCUCGCGGUCUGCAUCAGUUGCUCGAAUACGAUAAGGGAGACGUGGAGGGAACCUUCUUGAGGAGCUUUGUCGGAACGUACGAGGCUUGGGGUGAGGUGGUCGAGGUUGACCUGGUCGAACGUGGAGCGGAGAUGGCUGUCACCGAGAAGAACCGGCAGGAUUACGUCCAGCGCCUCGUGGACUUUAUUCUAUCGACUUCCGUCUCGUCGCAGUGGGCAGCCUUCGCGGAAGGCUUCAACGAGGUCUGCGCUGGCAACGCUCUCUCGCUCUUCAAGGCGCAGGAGCUCGAGCUCGUUGUUCGAGGCUCGCCUGAGCCGCUUGAUGUACAGGCGCUCAAGGGCGUCACUGUGUACGAGGGUUUCUCGGCGGACGAGCCGACGAUACAACACUUCUGGUCCGUCUUCGCCUCCCUUCAACCGGAUCGCCAGCGCCGCCUUCUCGCUUUCUGUACCGCCUCGGAUCGCAUCCCAGCAACAGGCGUCUCGGGCCUGCAGCUUCGCCUCCAGUGCCUCGGCGACGACAGCGACAGGCUCCCGCAGAGCCACACGUGCUUCAACACGCUCAGCAUGUGGCGGUACGGGACGAGGGAAAAGGUGGAGAGAAUGCUGGUCCGGGCAAUGGAGGACAGCGAGGGUUUCGGGCUGCGAUGA